GACCUCCAGCUAACCCCGGAUGUACCAUUGCCGCAGAGUUUUUCCUGAAAGAUGGCUGCCAGAGCAACGUUGUCACCAGGCUCUAGUCUUCCAAUGUCUUCCAGCCUAGCCGGUAUUAACGACGGUGUGUCAGUAACGCUAUCACCAGAUGCGGUCCCGUUCAGCCCGCUGGCUCCGGGGGACCGGGAGGAGAUGGGUUCCGUGGCGGGGCAGUUCUCCCACUACGCAUCCAAGCUCCGCUCACUGCGAGCCGGAGAUCCAGCCAGCCUGAAAACACAACUCAACCUGCUGUUCGACCAACUGAUAUCUGAAAACUACAGCCCGAACCACAACAUACGACCUGAGGAAGUAUGCGCACUGCUCAUCCACGUGACCCGCCUGGUUCCGCUCAGCCAGGAGCACUUGGUCGUCAAGCUAUGUCAGCUUACACACCACCUCCUCAACCAGCUACAGGUGAUAGUGGACGAGCAGACGCUGGAUGUGUGUGUGUGUUACGUGGUCCGUGCGCUGGCAGUGUGUAGCCUCUGGACUCACAGUGAGGUGCUGCAGGCGUUAUCUACUCUGAUCUAUGGAAACGGACCGCGCUGCAACCGGCAUCUGAUUGAGUUGCUAGGUGAUGGUGGAGUCCUGCGUCUCUAUAGCGACCCGUCUCAGCCAGACAUGGAGCUGCGCCGUGCUGCUCUCACCUGCAUGGCUAACCUCUGUCUGGGUGUUCCAGGCCAGGCGUUCCUUGAAGACCCGUACAGGAGUGUGUGUUUCAGAGUCUUUCUGCAGACGCUCCAGUCUCCCAAACCCCCGGACGCUGAAGAACUGCUCUACUGCACGGUGAUCCAGGGAGCUGUGAAGGGGCUCCAGUCCUCUCUGUGUGGAGGGAAGUGGAGGUUUGGAGGACAGGAGGAACUGGGAGCUCUAUUGGCAGUUCUCAAGAGGCUCAUGUUCCAAGGUUGUCCAGGAGUGUGUGUGGAGUGGCCGUCGGUGCUGUACCCCACUCCCCUGCCUCAGUACGAAACCUGCAGUGCCCCCAAACCUCCCGAACCUCCACAGAACCCCCCCACCCAGACCUCAGGGAAUAAGAAGAAGAAGUCUCGAGGACGGGGGAGGAAAGGAGGAGGGGAGGAUGAGGAGAGAGAGGCAGAACCCAGGCUCCAGAGAGGAGGAAGAGGAGGGGAGGCCUGGUCUAAGACCUCGGUACUUCCUUCUCCAGGCGUUCCGUCUCUCUAUCCGUUAUGGAAGAGGAGCAGUUCUGAUUCAGAGUUCUCUGAUCCUGAGGGAGCAGCUCACAGUAAACUGAGGUUGUUCCAUGGCAGGGUGCGGCAGGGUGUGUUGCUGUGUCUCCUAGCCGUGGUGAAGGCAGUUGAAAAGAGGACGCUGUAUGGCUAUUGGUCGUCGUUCAUACCGGAUGCUCCCAUUGGUGGACCUCCUCCUCUCACACUGCUCACUGUAGUACUGAAGGACCCCUCACCCAAGGUGCGUGCGUGUGCACUCCAGGUGGUGUCUGCAUUGCUAGAUGGUUCCCGUCAGUUCCUGGGCGUGGCUGAAGACUUGGCUCCAGCCAGAACCUCGUACACUCCAUUCUCCUUCUCCCUCGCCACCGCCGUCCGCGAGCUUCACCGCUCGCUCUCCCUCGCUCUGCUGGCCGAGGCCUCUGCUCACACGCUCACUCAGAUCAUCAAGUGCCUGGCUCACCUGGUGUGUAAUGCUCCCUAUAACCGCCUGAGACCCGGCCUGCUCAGCCCGCUGUGGAGACAGAUACAACCCUACCUCCGACACAGAGACGUGAACGUGCGGGUGUCUGUUCUGACACUGUAUGGAGCGUUGGUGUCGACCCAAGCCCCUCUUUCUGAGGUACAGCUACUCCUUACACACACCUCGCAGGAGACGGGGCUGAGCUGGAGGCAGAGGGAGGGCUUUUCCUCACCUCACACUCCACCCUCCCACAAAUACCACAACUCACACACACCUCGGGGCUCACAUACUCCAGGAGAGGAGGAGCCAGGCGUGCCCUGGCUGCUGCAGCUGUGUGUGUCGCUUGUCACUCAACCCAAAGACGACCAAUCAGACAGCGAGGGUCCAGGAGGAGGAGGGGCUACAGCUCUAGAGCCCUCCCCAGUCCGCCUGGAGGCCUUACAGGUGCUAGCCCACCUGGUGCGUGGUUACUUCCCUCUGUGCCAGGCGUGUCUCUGUGAGCUGGGGCAGGUGAGCGCACGUUGCCUCCGAGAGACAGACCCCUCCAUUCAACUACACGGAGCCAAGUUACUAGAGGAGUUGGGGACAGGUAUCAUCCAACAGUACAGACCAGACAACAGCCAGUCAGAGAGCUGCAGGGUCCCCAUCUCACAGGUGGUCCAGUUCUGGGUGGAUGUAUUGAGUGGUCCGCUGAACGGAGCUCUUCAGAGUCAUCAGCAUCCUACUCUACAGACCAGCGCCUGUGACACCCUCUCCUCUAUCCUACCACAGGCCUUCACACAGCUACCUGAGAAGAGCCAGGUUCUCUGUGUAACAGUAUUGUUGGGGCUGACCUACAGUGAUAACUCUCUGGUGAAGGCUGCUGCAGUCAGAGCUCUGGGAGUCUACAUUCUGUUCCCCUGUCUACGAGAGGAUGUGAUGUUUGUAGCAGACACGGCCAACGCCAUCCUGACAGCCCUGGACGACCGCUCACCCAAUGUCCGCUCCAAGGCUGCCUGGUCGCUAGGCAACCUCACCGACACACUCAUCGUCAACAUGGGAUGUGUUGGGGAGAUUUUCCAGGAGGAGUUGUCUGAUAUGCUGGUGCUCCAGAUGCUUCAGUCAGCCACCAAGGCUGCUUUUGACAAGGACAGGGUUAAGAGUAAUGCGGUGCGUGCGUUGGGGAACCUGCUCCACUUCCUGUCUGUCAGUCAGCUGACCCGGCCAGGGUUCCAGCGCCCCCUGGAGGAGGCGGUCAGCGCACUGGUCACCACAGUCCAAUCAGAAGCCACGAUGAAGGUCCGCUGGAAUGCCUGCUACGCCCUGGGCAACGCCUUCAGGAACCCUGCCCUGCCACUCGAUUCUGCUUCCUGGUCCGGCGAUGCAUUUUCCGCCCUCUGCUGUGUUGUCACUUCCUGUCAGAACUUCAAGGUGCGCAUCAAGUCUGCCGCUGCCCUCUCCGUCCCCGCCUGCCGUCAUUGCUACGGUGAUGCGGAGCGGUUCGGGGAUGUUUGGCGCUCACUGGCCGCGGCGUUGGAACACAGCGAGGAGACGCAGGACUUCCUGGAGUACCGCUACUGUUCCUCUCUCCGACACACACUCACACACACCCUCACACACCUGCUACGACUCAGCCAAUCACAGGACAUGCCCGCCCUGGGGAUGUCGCUCGUCAUGGAGGAGGGGAGGGGCUUCAAGGAACACCUGAUAAAAUACCUGAGAGGGGAGGGGGGGACGGACGGAGGGAGAAGAGGAGGAGGAGGAGGGACGGACGGCGGGAGAGGAGGAGGGACGGAGGGAGUGGGAGGGACGGAAGGAGGGAGAGGAGAAACGGAGGGGGAGAGAGAGCGAAAGGGGGAGGAGAGAGUGAGGACUCUGGGAGAGACGCUGGAGAGACUGAGGAGUCUUUGUGUAGAUGGGAGGGAAGAGGGUGAUGAAGGGAGGGAUAGAGGAGAAGAAGAGAGGAGUGCGUUGGUGGUGGUUGCAUUUCUGGAGGACGUUCUGAGGAGUUGUGAGGAGCUGAAGGUCUCCCACUCAGAUUGACCUCUAACCCCACACUGUAGCCCAACUCUUGUUUCUCUCCUCAUUCCCCUUCAUGGAUUUAAGAGCAGGAUUUGCAUGAUGGACAAGAGGGGGAGUUUCCACCAUAUUCCUCACAACAGUCCAUUUUAAUGAACGAGUGCAUAAUUAAAGAAGGAAGAGGGGGAACAGAAUGGGACUGGUUCAGGAGAGCAGGACAGAGAGAUUACCUGUUUCUGGGUUCAGGUGUGGAAGUGUCAACUGUGGAACGGUAAACUGUCACCUGUCCCAGUUUUUUUUAUUUUAUUCAGCUUACAAAGUAAUAAAUCAAUUAUUAAUGAUGUUAAAGCAGAUGGCCUUCUACCGCUAAUACUGUUCUUAUUAGUACUACUGCUGUUAUUAUAGUACUAUAAGGGAUAACACUGCUAUUAUAGAAUUACAGUACUGUUAUUACUGUUAUAUUACAAUACUUUUGCUGUAUAAGUUGAUUAUAUUACAUUACUUUUGGUGUAGAAGUUGAUUACAGAACUGUUAUUAGUUAUAUGAUUACAGUACUAGCACAUUAUUGUCAUUUGUGCUGUGUGUUUAUCAUUAAACCGGACCAGCGGGCGCUAGCCUCUAUUCCUGA